GCUGGCUAUACCAGUUAAAGCCUCCACUCAAAAAAAAAAAAAAAAAAAAAAAAAGGAAAAACCAAAAUCAUUAAUCUUCUGUGGUAAACAAACACUGAUCUCCAUAGCUCUUAACAAGAAUACCCCAACAAAUGAUUGGACAUUUAAUCGACAAAUAAUCAAAGGCUACCUCCUUUGAAGUAAGGUAUUUUCCUCAGGGACUGAAUUCCUGUACAGGUUGGGCCUGGGAAAGCCCCAAGCAAUCAGGUUAGGUCUGGCCACUCUCCUAAGCUGCACAUCUGGCCAGAUGUGCAGGCGGGUGGGUUUUCCUCAACUCCUGGAUUAACCAAAGAGAAAACCUUUCCACCAAGCACCCAGGCGGGGCCUAGAGCAGGAAGGCAGAGAUUUUCCUGUUCUAGCACUUCUCAUUCCGGUUUCCCCUGACCCAUUCUUGAGUGAGUGCCAGCGUUCUAGAAUGGGGAGAGGACCAGGUUCUAGAAUGGUUUUCCCUCACGAUCCUAUCUGGAACAGGAGAAGGGCAUCCUGUACAUCAGCUAGGAAUAAAUUGCCUGGCCUUUGGCCACUUUCUCUGCAGACUCUUGCUUCUCUUCCUGGCUGCCCAAUCCUUUCUCACCCUGACAGUGAUUUCUAGAAGCCCAGACCUUUAGUGCCUUGGUUUUGCCCUGCCCCCUCUGACCAUUGCCUCCUGCAGGCAUGAACCUGGCCCACACCACGGUGCUCCUGUGGGUGUGGGGGAGUCUCCAGGCCUUUGAAAUCAUGGAGAAGGAGGACAUCUUUCAGAGGACCCCCUGCCCUGCUUUUCUGAUAUUUGACAACGCAGCCUACCUGGCAGACAUGAGCUUUGAGCUUCCCUGCCGCUGCAAGCCUGAGGAGGUGUCUGCUGUAGUCUGGUACUAUCAAAAACACCUAGGGAGCAGCCACACCAAAGUGCUGACAGACUUCGACGGGCGGGUGCUGACAGAGGAAACCCAGGCGCGCGUGGGCAGUGACAUGCUGGUCCGCUUCAGCAUCCGCAUGUUCAGCCUGUUGGUUUUCCGGGCCCAGCCCGAGGACUCGGGCUUGUAUUUUUGUGGCACCCGCAAGGGGGACUACUUCUAUGCCUAUGAUGUGGACAUCCAGAGCGGUGAGGGAAUGGUGGCCACCUUCAAGGACCUGGGCCAGGAACCCUUUGCAGACGAGCACCGUGGGAGCCUCCACAUCUUCACCGCCUUCUGGGAGUGGACCCCCUGCGACCGCUGUGGGGUCCGUGGGGAGCAGUGGCGCAUUGGCCUCUGCUACUUGAGGAGCCCAGAUCUCUCCCCACGCUACCAGAAGACGCUGCCCGAUGUGGUGUCCUGUGGUUCGCAGGCCGUGCCCUGGAAGCUUCGGGCCACGGCCAGGGAGCAUACGCCCGAGCUACUGGUUCAGAGCUGCGUGGUGCCCUGUGAGAAGAAGACGACCCAGCAGGGCGUGAUGGCCAUCUUCAGUUACGUGUCCAAAGUGGGCAGCCGGCCCUGGGUGCCUCAGGUGCCCAUUCAGUUCCACCAGCAGAGGCUGGGCCACGGACUCAUCAUCUCCUGUCCCGGGGCCCGGCCGGAGCACGCCGUGGCCUGGGACAAGGACCGCCAGUACCUCUACCGAACGCAGUACCUGAAGGGCGUCAACAGGUCCAUGAGGGUGUUCAUCGACCACGGCAACCAUCUCCACAUCCGCUUCACCCAGCUAAGUGACCGGGGCAUCUACUAUUGCUGGCGGCAGGGGGUGCAGGUCGCUGGGUUCCGACUGGGUGUCACGUCUCAAGGCCGCUACCGGCCCUCAUUCUCGGACCCUGAGACUCGCUCCGCCGUGGAACUGACCCUGAUAGGCUACCUGUUCAUCACGGCAGUCUUUGUCGCCAUUCACCUCUGUCGUUGCUGCUGUUACUUAUUUCGCUGUUGUCCCAACUUCUCCCCCUAGGCCCCCCUCUUCCCCAGCUCUGAAGACCAGUUGUACUCAGAUGUGUCUGUUAAAUGAUACCGGAUGCCUCUGGGUGGGCAUCCUGGGCUGGGACGUGUGGCAAGGGGUGGGGGGUGUGGAUAAAUCUGUUAGUUACAACCUGCUCCUUGGCAAGUGGGGAAGCCUGAGGCAGGUAGGAGACAGGGGACUGAGGCCGGUACAGAAGUGGCCAGAGUGCACGUCUUCUGACAUCAUGCUCAGAGAAGGAAGAAGUGAACGUAAUAUUUAUCAAACAGCCUUUUUGAUGUUGGCAUCAUGUUUGAGGUGCUUUAUUUUCUUGCCUUCGAGGAUUGCCCAGUGGGUACUGGUUGAAUUGGGGUCAGCAGGGAGAGGAAAAGGGAGCCUAGUACCUGUCCUCUUUCCCUUCCUCCUCAACCUUGACCCCAGACUGGCAGGUAGAAAUGUCAGGUUUAGGAAUAAAGGUAAAAACUAGAAUGGGGAAAAAUGCAGGAGGAAAGUGGAGGUCAAAGUUAGGGCUUUCCCAGGACUGGGGACUGGGUGAGAAGAGGGGUAGAGGGAUGGAGGGGGGAGGGGGGAGGGGGGAAGGGCACCAGGGCUGCCAUGUGGAGCAGGAUUGGAGGUGGGAUUUGUCCUGUGGCUGCUGCCACAAAUGGGGUUUGGGGUCUCAAGAUGAUCAGUAAUAAGAAGCAAGUUGAAUCUUGUCCAAGGCUACUUCCUGCCCCCUCCCCCAGCCCCAGCCUCUCCUGAACAGAUCCGAGUCCACUCCCGGGAAGGACAUAGCAAAUGUCUUUAUUUACUUCAGUGACUAAAGGCUGCAUGGUGCCCUCAAGGUUGAAGGUUAGCAACAGUGGGUGGCUGGGAGGGAGGGGGAAAGGGCACCAGGUCUUAGAAAAAGGGAGGGACUCUCACUUCUCUGGCCUUAACGGGGUGAGGGGGACCAUGGAGCAGGCCCUCUCAGCCCUGUUUCCGGACACAAAGAGUCCUGUGCCUGCCCACCCCAACCCCAAUCUUCCCAUGGAGCGGUGCAGGUGCUCUGGGUGGAAGUGUCUGCCCUGCACUGCCCCACCUCCAGACUGCAGGAACACAAACCAGAGCCUUUACUCUGCUCAUGCCUCCCAUUUUCUAAAUUAUAAAAUAGGGUGCUACCUACAAUAUGGGGAUACAUUUUGUAUUUGAUAAAAGGCGCUUGGGUUAGGGAAAAGCAGUGGGUCAUGGAGGGUGGAGA